AUAUUUCUUUUGGCUCCUACGCGAACAAAGACAACCGAGAGAUAAAGAUUUGGAGAGAGAAUCUGAACGAUAGCCCAGAACCCUUACGAGCUUCCAUUCGACACUUCUUGAUUCUUUCUUUCUAUCCAUCAAUUCCUCUCACUCUUUCUAACUCCCAAAAGGUUCCUGAUGAAAAUUAUCGGUUUGGCUAAGGAAGUGAUUGAAGAAGCAACGCUACUUGGUUUAAGAAUCUAAGAUGCCAUCUGGGUUCAUCGUGAAGCUGAAUUUAGGAUUUAGGACAGCGAUAAUUGCUAGAAAUCCAGCUUCUUUCUUAUCUAAUAAUUCUACUCGAUUGUCAGUAAGGCGUUCUUUUGGUGCACUUUCUAUGGCUGCCUCUAGUCCUAAGCCUGUGUUUGGUGAUGUUUAUAUUGAUGAUAUGAUUACUACUUGUGGAAAUGGAUUGGAAUUUUCGAAACCUAGUGGUGUUUUUUUCACGGAUAAAAGUCGAGCCACUUGCUUAAAGGCGAACAUGAGAAUGAGAAAGGGGGAGCUGCCUAAUAGUCGUUUGGUUUGUGGGUACUCUUCGUUUGAUGCAAUAAGGAGUGGUGAGAUGAAUAAUUUUGUCUUUGGGCCAUUGUUGAAAAACUUCCACACCAUGCCUUCUUUGCAAUUCUCUGCUGGGGCUGCUCGUGAUGUGUCAUUUGAAGGGAAUUCUCGUGAGGAACAGCUUGCAAACUCCACUGUGGUAUCUGGCCUAAACUUGAAGCUGCUCUCAGGAUCUUGUUACUUGCCACAUCCUGAUAAGGAAGCAACUGGUGGGGAAGAUGCUCACUUUAUAUGUGCAGAUCAACAAGCCAUUGGUGUGGCAGAUGGAGUAGGUGGCUGGGCAGAUGUAGGAAUUAAUGCAGGAGAAUUUGCACGAGAACUUAUGUCUAAUUCAGUAAGUGCAAUUCAAGAGGAGCCCAUGGGAUCAGUUGACCCAGCCAAGGUUCUAGAGAAGGCACACUCAAGCAUAAAAGCUAAGGGUUCGUCAACAGCCUGCAUCAUUUCCCUUACAAAUGAGGGAAUACGUGCUAUUAAUCUAGGAGACAGUGGAUUUAUGGUGGUUAGAGAUGGAUGCACUGUAUUCCAAUCCCCAGUGCAGCAGCAUGGCUUCAAUUUCACAUACCAACUGGAGAGUGGCAGCGGGGCUGAUCUACCCAGCUCUGGCCAGGUUUUCACAUUUCCUGUUUCUCCCGGUGAUGUAAUAAUUGCUGGAACAGAUGGAUUAUUUGACAACUUGUAUAACAAUGAGGUUACUGCUGUUGUUGUUCAUGCGGUAAGAGCUGGGUUAGGGCCUCAAGUAACAGCUCAGAAGAUUGCAGCUUUGGCACGUCAACGGGCACUGGACAGGAACCGACAAACCCCUUUUUCAGCUGCUGCUCAAGACGCUGGAUUCCGCUACUAUGGUGGCAAACUUGAUGACAUUACUGUUGUUGUUUCGUACAUAACAAUCUCUAACGUGUGAUAAUGUCUUCUCCCAUGUAGCUGGAACCAAUAGCUUGUUUCUUGAUGCGCUCUUUAAUGGCUGGAAAAAUCCUAUAGCUGUAUUUUUUUUCCACAAAACCUGGCAUAACAAGUCAUUCAUAAAGGCUUAUUGGUAUCUUUGAUCGCUCCGUUUUCUUAUUGAUGAAAUGUGAAUCUUUGAUUUCUCCA